UCUGCGGUUUUAUUUUCACCGGAGUCACUCAUAUAAGCUAUAAUCAAGCGAUCCAUAAAGCACCGAAUGCACCUGUACGGAAAAGGCCGAUUCAAAUUACGGAAAAUUACGAAGUCGCUUACCGGUGGUUUCCGGGUAUGACGUCACUGGAGGUACAUGUUUAUUUUUGCAACAAUGGCGUAUAGUUCAAACAACGAAAGUUCCGACGAGUUCUCAUCGCAUAACUCCAGUUUCUCAGAAAAUAAUAGUUUAUCAGACACCGGGAGUGAUGAAGCUAUUCAUCCCUACCGAUUUGAGCCUUUGAGAGCUGCAGUGGAGGGCUCUGACGAAUCCAACUCGGAACAAGACGAUGCAGUUGGAAAUGCUCAGGAUGUUGGAGAAUGGUGUACGUGUCACAAUUGUGAGGAGAUGGCAACCGCUGUCGAAUGCAGAUGUUGUAUUCGUGUUGGCAGAGUGAAAGACAAGAUGGAAGAACAUACCUCUGAGACGGGAGAAGAACUUGCAUGCAUUACCCAUCACCCAGGCUUCCAAACAGUUUGUCUGGACAGAUAUGUUCUAGAAACUGCGUAUCUACAGUACCGUCAACAGUAUGGGGAAAGAGAUGAUGCAGAUAUGAAUAGGAGACACAGAUAUACAGCCUACCGACAGUUGGCAAGAUGGUGUUGGGGAUAUCUGGGGAAGGAAGUGCGCGUGGUUCUACCAUCGUGUGCAGUUGUUCGUAUCAGAACAAGUUUUCCAUCAGAUGACUAUGAGGGGUUUCAUUUUGCUGGAUAGUACACAUGCGGCUAGCCAUUACUGGACAUUGUUGCCAUACUUUUGUAAAAAAAUGAUUUAUGUUGUUUGAUAUGUAAUGAA